AUGCAAUAUCUUGUAGUGUCCCCACUUGGUGAGUCAUUUGAAUCGUCAAGCAGAAUUGAUGAUUUGGGCAAGGAAAUUGAAAGAAAGCUUGGAUAUAAAGUUUCUCAGCAACAUCUCACCAUUGAAUCUGAAAAUAUAUCACAGAUUAGAAGAAGAAGAGGACAAGACCACUCAAUUGGUAGAAUUGGCAGCACUUCUACACCAAUGGUUGAAGAGGAACCUCCUGUGAAAAUCUUGGUCAACCCAAGUUGGUAUCCUUCAUUCUUGGAUGCAUACAUGGCACUCAUGCGUUCAGUUUUUGAUCUCAUUCUUAUCAAGAGUGAGAGAAGAUUUGAUCUUGUAAAAAAGUGGCAUUUGAAACUUGGCACAUGCCAUCCACUUUUGAAAACAAUCGUUUCCAAUGCUGUCGUUCCCUUCAUUUCCAACAUGUUGUUGGUUAUCUUUGGAGCAUGCUUGAUGGGAGUUUGUGCUCAAAUUUCCAUUUCACUCCCUUCCUCCAUUAGUGCCGUUCCAAUCACUGGACAAACUUUUGGUGUCUUGUGGCUUGGCUCCUUAACUGGUUUUGUCAUUGCUCCACUCAGUAUUCUCCUCUAUUUAUUCUGUGGUUCUGUUCUUGAUAUUCCUUGGUUUUCCAAUCAAACACAUGGAAAUCUGGUCUUGUUCCAGUCGAGUAGUAGUGGUUUCCUCAUUGGUUUUGUCUUUAGUGCACUGAUUUGUGGUUGGUUUUGCUCCAAAAUGGCUUCAGAUCGUACCAUCAUGAUGAAUCUCCUCAUGUUGUGUCUAUCGAAUGCUGUUACAUUUGUAUUUGGAUGUGGAUGGUUGGCAUUCGGAGUGCCAAAUCUUGGACUCUCUAAGGGAAUUGAGAAGGGUUUAGUUCCAUUCUUACCAGGAGAAACUAUCAAGAUUUCCUUGGUAUUGGUCAUGAUAAGAUUAUCAUGGUUUGUGCUCUUCCAAAUCAGAAAGGUGGUAUUGAAACAUUUAAUUGAUCAUGAUAAUGCAAAUAGUAAUAUUUCAAGUUCAGUUAAUGUUGAGGAAGGUCAACUACAGAUUCAAACUUCCACACCAAUGACAACUAUCAACGAAGAUGGGGAUGAUAAUCGCUGUUUGUCCACAUGCUCUAAUAUUUCCAACCAAUAAUUUUCAAAGAAUAAACGAAAGUUCCAUUUCCUUUUUUGC